AUGAAGGCAGUAUCAAUUGAAGCUGGAGAGGGAUCAAAGGCCAAAAGAGUUCAUGGAGUAAACAGAGGGAUCUCUGUAUUUGAUCUCAUUUUACGUAUCGUUGCACUUGUUGGAACCUUAGCAAGUGCUGUGGCAAUGGGUACUGCAGAUCAAGCACUUUCAUUCAGUACACAGAUUGUAAAUUUUGAAGCUCAAUAUGAUGAUAUCGACGCGUUUAAGUUUUUCGUGGUUUCAAAUUCUAUAGUUUGUGUAUAUCUUGCACUUUCUAUCACUAUUUCAAUUUUUCACAUUAUCAGAAGUAGAGCAGGAAAGAGCAGAGUUUUGCUCAUUGUUCUAGACGCGAUAAUGCUGGUUUUCCUCACAUCUGGAGCAUCUGCAGCAGCCGCGAUUGUGUAUUUGGCACACAAUGGGAACACUUCAACUAACUGGUUUUCGAUUUGCCAACAGUAUACAGAUUUCUGUCAGCGUUCUGCUGGAUCACUUAUUGGUUCGUUUGGUGCAAUGACCUUGAUGGUUCUACUUAUUAUUUUAUCAUCUAUCGCGUUAUCCAGGGUCUAAAGUGUCAUAAAUGGAGACUGGCUACACUAGCAAUUGCUAGCCUUUGUGUUUAUUUCUGUGUGUGUAUUGUGUUUGUAAAUGUUUAGUUUCAUGAUUUGCAUUUCAUUGUAUCAAGAUUAUCAUCAGUUGUAUCACAAAUGAAAAGAUU